CCAAAAAAAAUUCUUUUGCCAUACUGGGUUAGAAUUCUAGUUUGAUCAGAUUCAAUCUUCGUGCACAUAAGCCAGAAUGAAAAUCAAAGCCACCAAUCUGAUAGCCUUAAUAAACAAAAGGGAGUUUCAACCUCUUUUUCAGUUCCCAAAGCUAUAUACUUGCUAGCUAGCUAGCUUAGUAGUAGUACUAUACUACUCAACAACACAAUUCUCUUUUGUCAGUUUUUUUUUUUUUUCUAUAACAGAACUCUGGACCAUCUUUUUCUGAGAUUUAUCUUGCCUUUUAAGCACACCCUUUUCCAUACACACAUACAGUUUUAUUUCCUAAUUCUUUCACUUUCUUCUUCUUCCCCUUUCCUUUUUCAUCAUCAUCAAUUCAUCUCUCUUUUUCCCCUCCCUUUGUGUUAUUAUUGUGGGCACAAAUUCAAUUAUUUGGAGGGCAGCUUUGCACCAGUAGAGCAUGCCUGAAUGUCUAGAGAAAGGGAGAGGAUUGAGGAGAUAGGGAAGAAGAUCAAGAGAGAAUCAGAUGCACAAUUCAACAACAUUCAUAAUCAAUUGAUAAUUAACAGAUCAGGAAAUGCUCUUGUAUCAUCAUCAUCUUCUUCAUCACUGUCAUUAUUAGGAGGAAGCCUCAACACAAUCACGCCUUGCGCAGCUUGUAAAUUACUGAGAAGACGCUGUGCACAAGAAUGUCCGUUUUCUCCCUACUUUUCACCGCACGAGCCUCAGAAAUUCGCGUCGGUUCACAAAGUGUUCGGGGCUAGUAACGUGUCGAAGAUGCUGAUGGAAGUGCCGGAAAGCCAAAGAUCCGAUGCGGCCAACAGUCUGGUUUACGAGGCUAAUGUGAGGCUCAGAGAUCCGGUCUACGGAUGCAUGGGAGCUAUCUCGGCUUUGCAACAACAGGUUCAGUCUUUGCAAGCAGAAUUACACGCAGUAAGAAGUGAAAUUCUAAGAUAUAAAUAUAGAGAAAACAGUAACAAUAAUAACAUAAAUAUUCAUCAUGUUGUUGACCCAUCUGAUCACGGUUUAGCCUUACUCUCUUCUGGAGUUGUUUCAAUAGCAUCAUUGCCACCGCCGCCGAUUCUGCCGCCGUCCGGCCGUUUACUGCUUGAUCUUCCUCAUCCUCAUGCAUCUUCUUCUUCUUCUUCAGCUUCCAUGUACUCAUCACCGCCACCGCCACCUCAGCCUCCGGCGUCUAGUAGUGCACCACCACCUGAUCAUCAUCAUGAUUUUAGCUCUAUCUCAAACGAUCAUGAUAUCCCUUUUUUUGGUUGAGCAAUAUUCCUUUUAUAUCUUAUACAUGCAUACACAAGUAAAUGACACUAUUAAUCCCUCCUCCAUCAUGUUAGUUUAUUUGUAAGUUUUAACAAUUGAUCCAUAUUGCACCGUUUCUUUAUAUUUACUGAUGAUACAAUAUUCUGACAUCAAUCAACUUGUAAGUUUGUUAUCUUAUCUUUCAGAUGUUAAGAAUUUCUGUAGUAUGAAUAUUUGUGUUUUUUUUUGGAUUAAUUAAUUAACAAACGGCCUUUCAUAUUUGUCUAUAUAUGGC